GACACUGGGAGGGGAAGCAGUACAAACUGUAAGCUGCUGGGGGAUCCAUCUUGCCUGAAAAAACAGACCAGGGUGAAGGAUUUUUCAGUUUAUUGACUCAAAAACUGCAUCGUUCCCCAUUAGACGUGUUGGGGAGCCCGAGGAGGGGGCUGUGUCGCUGUUUGUAGGAUGUCCCGACAUGAGGGUGUGAGCUGCGAUGCGUGUUUAAAGGGCAACUUUAGAGGAAGACGGUUCAAGUGUUUAAUUUGCUACGACUACGACCUGUGCGCGUCGUGCUACGAGAGCGGAGCCACGACAACAAGGCACACCACAGAGCACCCCAUGCAGUGUAUAUUAACCAGGGUAGACUAUGAUUUGUACUAUGGAGGAGACACUUUUUCAGUAGAGCAGCCACAGUCGUUCACAUGUCCUUACUGUGGCAAGAUGGGCUUCACAGAGACCUCCCUACAGGAGCAUGUCACCUCGGAGCAUUCAGAGACUUCCACGGAGGUGAUCUGUCCAAUAUGCGCUGCCUUGCCCGGAGGGGAUCCCAACCAUGUCACAGAUGACUUCACAGCUCACCUCACUCUCGAACACAGAGCACCAAGAGAUUUAGAUGAGUCCAGCAGUGUGCGGCAUGUACGCAGGAUGUUCCACCCCGGGCGAGGACUGGGCGGCCCCAGAGCACGACGGACAAAUAUGCACUUUACUAGCGGCUCCACAGGGGGACUUUCAUCCUCCUCAUCACAGAGCUCCACUUACACCCCCAGUAAUAGAGAGGCAAUGGACCCAAUCGCAGAGUUGUUGUCUCAGCUGUCAGGUGUGCGGCGUGCUGCAGGAGGGCAAAUAAACUCGUCGGGACCUUCAGCCUCUCAGCUCCAGCAGCUCCAGAUGCAGCUGCAGUUGGAGCGGCAGCAAGCUCAGGCGGCACGACAGCAAGUUGAGACGAGCCGACACGCCACGCGACGCGGCAACAACCCGGGCAACACCGGCGCCGCCGUCCCCCAGCCCAGCACAGCAACUGCCAAUACCACCACCAUGGGUGACAGCAAUCCGGCGUCCUCGUCCCACAGCUCCCAGUUCCUAUUAGCACGGUUGAAUGAACCCAAGAUGUCAGAAGCAGAGCGGCAGUUCCUAGAAGGCGAGCGAGCCGACCGCAGCCUGUUUGUCCAGGAGCUGCUUUUGUCCACGCUGAUGCACGAAGAGAGCUCCUCUUCAGAUGAGGACGACCGCCGAGACUUCGGCGACUUCGGAGCGAUGGGCUGCGUGGAUAUCAUGCCUUUAGAUGUGGCGUUGGAGAACCUCCAGCUUAAAGAGAGCAGCUCUACGGGGAAGGAGCCUCCGCCGCCGCCUCUUUGAUGUCCGAGCAUCAAGCAGACUGUGUCCUCCGUGCUGCAACUGUCAGUGAUGGGCAGCAAACAGCAGCAGCAGCAGUCCCCCAUACCCCAGCCUACCCCACCCCCAGCCUCACCCCCUCUCCCUCCCCCCCGAUUUUCUGAGUUUGUUUUUGGUGAUUGUAAUUUCAGGCCUGUCACCACAUUUGUUAUAUUGUAAACAAAAAUAAAUGAGAGCAAGUGGGAUAAAUGUGUGAGUGCGCGACGCGAGCAAGUGAGCGAGAGAAGAGAACUAUAUAAAUCUAUAUAAAAUAUAUAUGAAGUCGAUAAUCAAUCCACAUUACUUUUCUUUUAUCAGGUAAAUGUUACAGGCAGCUGUGGCAGACCUUUGCUUCCUGUGACAUGCAAACGGCUCUCCGUAUAAAUACUCCACAUUCAAAAAGUGAAGAGGGCACAGGCUCCUCUGAUGAAGCUGCUGUGUGUGUUUAUGACUAUUAAUAAAUAAAGUGCUUGGAUGGGUUACCAUUAA